AUUUCCGGCUACUGGGCUAAACUCUCCGCCCCUCGUCGUCCCUGCGUUGUUUGGGGACAGUAGCAAGAUGGCGGCGGCCCCGCUGUACUGUGUCUGCCGGCAGCCCUACGAUGUGAGCCGGUUUAUGAUCGAGUGCGACAUCUGCAAGGACUGGUUCCACGGCAGCUGCGUGCAGGUGGAAGAGCACCAUGCGGUGGACAUCGACGUCUACCACUGUCCCAACUGCGACGUCGUACACGGACCCUCCCUGAUGAAAAGACGCCACAACUGGCACCGCCAUGAUUACACGGAGCCCAACGACGGAGCCAGGCCGGUGCAGGCCGGGACCCCCGUCUUUGUCAAGGAGCUGCAGAGCCGGACAUUCCCGAGUGGCGAGGAGAUUCUCAUGAGGAUGAAGGGCGAGCAGGUGACCCCAAAGUACCUGGAGCGCCACGGCUUCAACUACCCCAUCGUCGUCACGGAGAUGGAGGGCCUGGGACUCAAGCUGCCGCCCCCGACAUUCAACGUCAGGGACGUGGAGCAGUACGUGGGUGGUGACAAAGUGAUCGACGUGAUCGACGUAGCGCGGCAGGCCGACAGCAAGAUGAAACUCAGCCAGUUUGUCAAGUAUUUCACCAACCCCCACCGGCCCAAAGUCCUCAAUCUCAUCAGCCUGGAGUUCUCAGACACCAAGAUGUCCGAGCUGGUGGAGGUCCCCGACGUGGCCCAAAAGAUGUCCUGGGUGGAGAACUACUGGCCGGAUGACUCCUUCUUCCCCAAGCCGUUUGUCCAGAAGUACUGCCUCAUGGGCGUCAAGGACAGCUACACGGAUUUCCACAUCGACUUUGGCGGCACGUCCGUCUGGUACCACGUUCUCUGGGGUGAGAAGAUCUUCUACUUGAUAAAGCCCACGCCCGCCAACCUUGCACUAUACGAGGCGUGGAGCUCCUCGCCCAAUCAGAGCGAAGUGUUCUUCGGCGACAAAGUGGACAAGUGUUACAAGUGCGUCGUGCCCCGAGGGACCACCCUGCUCAUCCCCACAGGCUGGAUCCACGGCGUGCUCACCUCUCAGGAUUGCAUGGCCUUUGGUGGGAACUUCCUGCACAACCUCAACAUCGGCAUGCAGCUCAGGUGUUACGAAAUGGAGCGGCGUCUGAAAACGCCGGACCUCUUUAAGUUCCCGUACUUUGAGGCCAUCUGCUGGUACGUGGCCAAGAACCUCUUGGAAACGCUCAAAGAGCUCCGAGAAGACACGUGCCCGCCGCCUACCCAUCUGACGGAGGGCGUGAAGGCGCUGAUCUGUGCGCUGAAGACCUGGUUGAAAAGGGAGGUGACCCAGCCCAACAGCGAGGUCCCGGACAACAUCAGGCCCAACCAUCUCAUCAAGGAGCUCACCAAGGAAAUACGCCACCUGGAGGAGGAACCGGGCGGCGGCGGAGGAGGCGGUGCCGGUGUUGGUGGCGGCUCCAGCAACGUCAGCGGCGUCGCCAAGCCCGUCAAACCUCAGGGAAGUGUCUGCGGCGUUCCCGCCACACCCGCCGCGUGCUCGUCCACCCGUGCCACGCUGGAGCGUCUGUGCCAGGCACGGCAGGCGAGGCGCGCCGCCCGCCGUCUGAGGGAACAGCAGCAGCAGCAGCAGCAGCAGCUCGCCCCCAAGGCACCGUCCAACCUGGACAUCCUGGAGCAGCACACCAGGGAGGUGCUGAGGAGGCUGGAGGUGGGACCGCUGGAGGAGGAUGCGGCGUUCUGUGCCAAGGUUCACGGGAAGCUCAACAAAGCGUCGACGGCCUCCGCCGCAGCCGCCGCCGAGUCUCUGGAGGAGAACCACCUCCGACUCACGCUGGUCAACGGCAGGAUCAUCAAGGACGUGAGGCGGCCCGCCGCCAGCCCGCUGAAGACGGAGGCCGGCCAGGCCAGGAGCGUGGACGUCAAGUCGGAGAGGACGCAGGCCCACCGAGGGCACCCCGGCGACGCCCACAAAGCCGGCGUCUUCUCAGGUCUGGACGGGAAGACUGAACUCAGGGAAGACGUGUCGGGACUCUCGUGUGUGUCAGACGUGGACUCGGACGACGACGCUCCCACGCGGCGUAAGGUGUCUCCGUUGUCGUCAUCCUCUGAUGAGGAUUCCGAGAGUUCCCAGGAGGACGACGUGGAGCGGCAGGAAGGGCACAUUGCGCUGGACCGGUCUCCCCACAGACCACUCAAGCGGGAACGUCCUACCUCACCCAGCACGGAAGAAGCCAUUCAGGGGAUGUUGUCCAUGGCCGGCUUGCUCUGCUCCGCCGAGCCGGAGAAGGUGGCCGCCGCCGCCGCCGCCGCCGCCGCCGCCGCCGCCGCCGCCGCCGCCUCCCGGGAGCCCUGGUGGGAGGGGCAGCAGAGAGGGCCGGCGCACCAGGGGGGGGACGCCAGCCCCAUGGACAGCCAGGGCAACAGCAGCGAGGCCUGGGACAAUCAGGGGCUGCCCAGCCCCGAGCCCGACUACCAGUACUGUGACCCCUCCAUGUCGCCCCCGCUGCACCCCUCCAAGAGACACGCCCCCAACCCCCCGCCCAUCAGCAAUCAAGCCACGAAAGGCAAGCGUCCCAAAAAAGGCAUGGCCACGGCCAAGCAGAGACUGGGCAAGAUUUUGAAACUCAACAGACACAGUCGCGUUUUCGUCUGAACGACGUUCAGACCCCCCGACGCCCCGGGGGCUCGUCGGGUUGACUGUGCAUGCUUAGGAGACAGGGUAAUGGAUCCCACUUUUACUACAAGCACACCAGGAAGAGAAGAACGGAGGAGGACGGCAGGUUCUUCCAUCUUCCGAAGCUCCCGUGGGCAUUGGGACAAAUGGAGGUUGACCAAACAAGACCCCCCCCCCCCCCCCCCUUUCUCGGCCAUCUCUGAGGGCGGCGUUGCAGGGGCUUCCAGGAGCCCAGAGGGGGAACUGAUUUCUCAAAAUGGUGCUCAUCGUUUGUAUUUAACCCCCCCACCCUCUCUCUCCAAAAAGACUUGAUCACACCAGCAAUAAUGACCCCCCCCCCCAAAAAAAUCCUUUUUCUUCACUAUUCCUCUUUUGUACACUUGAGUGCAACAUUGCUCCCCCUGUUGGUUUGAAAUAGGAAUCACAAGUAAGGGGGCGGGAAAACAAACAAAAAAAAAAAACCCAAACGACUCUCAUGGAUUUUAAUUUAUUUCUCGUUUUAUUCGAUUUUUCUGUUUUUUUUUUUGUAAUGUUAUUUCUAUGAAUUCUGAUGUAUUUAUUAAUGAAGAGAUACAAUUUUAUUCUAUUUUCA